GAGGCGGAGUGGAAGAGGAGGGAGACACAUACACACACAUUAUACACACACAUUAUACACACACACGUCCCUGCUCUCCAGCAAACCAACGUGUAUCUCCGGGCAGAAGGCACAGUCUCGGCGUCUGUAUGAAGCCUGCUUUGAAGACCUGCUUGAAAUUUAAUUUUGUGUGAGGCAUGUGAGAACACCAGCAUUUGUGUUUUGUUCAAAUAGAAACUCCAUAUGAUAGAAAUACACUGAGAAAUAUCUUAGUCAUCAUGCACAUUGUGUUGCAGUGCUGAAAUAAACAUGAUGAAAACUGAAGCUCAAGAGCGAUCAAACCUUCGGAGUGCUUCACCUCACAGGAAUGCUUACCGAACUGAGUUUCAGGCAUUGAAAAGCACGUUUGAUAAACCCAAAUCAGAUGGAGAGGGAAAAGCAAAGCAUGAGGGGGAUCCUCCUCAAACCCAACAAACAAGGGGAAGGAGAUAUGGAUCUAAUGUCAACCGAAUCAAAAACUUAUUUAUGCAGAUGGGAAUGGAACCAAAUGACAACAAUGUAGUUCCAGUUAAACACAAACCCAAGGGUUCACCUUCGUCACCUAAAAGGAAGGCAAGGCCAAAGGGAUUUUUAGAAAAGAUAGACAACUCUGAUGCAAAACUCAAGACUACUGUGUCUGAAAGGAUCAGCCGUUUUGACACUAUAGAUGGACCGUCUCAUUCCAAGUUUACAGAAACCAGAAAGAUGUUUGAGCACAGUUUACAUGAGACAGGGCAUUCUAACCGCUUGCCAUCAAGGAAAGAGAGACGGGGCUCAGGGGAUCUUCUGGAUGAAGGGCGUGGAAGUAAAUCUAAUAGGGGUAGCAGUGAUUCUUUGGACAGUCUCAGUUCAAGGACUGAGGCUUUAUCACCAACCGUCAGUCAGCUAAGUGCAGUGUUUGAAAACAGUGAUUCACACAGUCCAAAUGUAGUGGAGAACGCUGAAAACAAUGAAAACUUUUCAGUGACUGGUCAUUAUCCACUAAACAUAACAUCUUCCUCAGUUAAAGAUUAUGAAGGCUAUGGCGAUGCAAAAGAUCCAAAUUCAUGGUCUCCCACAGGGGACACUGACACAGACUCCAUUGCUGAGAUCAAUCAUCAAAGAGCUUCUUCAAAAGAAGAUUUAACAUUUAAUGUUUCUCCAGUGAAAAAAGAGGUUAAGAGAGAAAGUGUGGGCUGCAGUACAUCAAAUGAUAUUAUGGUGUCUAGGAAUGAAUUUCAGGACAGGGGUCAUGAUGAGAAAAAAGAUGGACACGAUGUUAAACAAAUAGAGCAAAAGGUGGAACAUACAAAACAGCAAAACGAUUUGCCAGAAGAUUCUCUAAAUGAUUUUGAUAGGACUAAGUUAGGAGAAACAAAUUCUGAAAUGGGACAGAAUUUUGCUGCCGAUAGAACUUCUGGUGCCUCAACAUCUCAAGAUGUUGGUACAAGCAUGAGCGAGGGAGUUGGAGAAGUCAAUAACUUGUCACCUGCACAGACAUUUGAAACCUCUGACUACAAUGUAUAUAGAGUUCGGUCACGGUAUAACACAGACUGGGAAGAAAAUGAGCAAGACGAGAAUGAGGACAGUGAUGAAAAUAAGUCUUACGAGCCAGAUAUGGAGUUUAUAGAGAUCCCUGGGUUACCCCAGGAAGAAGAAGUUCCUUCUCAAAGAAAGAUAAGAUUUAGCAAGUCUCCGAUCAAAGUGUUCAACACAUACUCAAACGAAGACUAUGACAGAAGGAAUGAUGAAGUCGACCCAGUGGCGGCUUCGGCAGAGUAUGAACUAGAAAAACGUGUGGAGAAACUGGAUUUGUUCCCCGUGGAUUUAGAGAAAGAUGAAGAUGGUCUUGGGGUCAGCAUCAUUGGCAUGGGAGUUGGAGCAGACUCCGGCCUGGAAAAACUUGGCAUAUUUGUCAAAACAGUUAAUGAAGGAGGGGCAGCACAAAGGGAUGCAAGAAUUCAAGUUAAUGACCAAAUCAUAGAAGUGGACGGGAUAAGCCUGGUUGGGGUUACCCAAAACUUUGCUGCCACUGUUCUCAGGAACACCAAAGGGAAAGUCAGAUUUAUUAUAGGACGGGAAAAACCUGGACAGAUUAGUGAGGUGGCCCAGCUGAUCAGCCAGACUCUCGAGCAAGAACGGCGUCAGAGGGAAAUGCUGGAACAACAUUAUGCACAAUAUGAUGCAGAUGACGACGAGACAGGAGAAUAUGCAACCGAUGAAGAGGAGGAUGACGUGGGCCCUGCUGUUCCUGGAAGAGAAAUGGCUAUUGAAGUGUUUGAGCUUCCAGAGAAUGAGGAAAUGUUUGCAGCAGACCUGGAUGCGACAAAACUUGCACAUAAAUUUAAAGAAUUACAGAUAAAACAUGCAGUCACUGAAGCUGAGAUUCAGAAACUUAAAACAAAGCUGCAGGCUGCUGAGAAUGAGAAAGUAAGGUGGGAACUUGAGAAGACGCAACUACAACAAAACAUCGAAGAGAACAAAGAAAGAAUGAUGAAGCUGGAAAGCUACUGGAUCGAAGCUCAGACCCUGUGCCAUACUGUCAAUGAGCACCUUAAGGAAACCCAGAGUCAGUACCAGGCACUCGAGAAGAAAUACAACAAGGCCAAAAAGCUUAUCAAGGAUUUCCAACAAAAGGAGCUAGAUUUUAUGAAACGUCAAGAGGCCGAAAGGAAGAAAAUUGAGGACAUGGAGAAAGUUCACCGUGCCGAAGUUCAGACCUUGCAAUGCCGCAUCAAGGAUCUGGAGGCUGAAGUAUUUAGGCUCCUCAAGCAGAAUGGGAGUCAAGUUAACAAUAACAACAACAUAUUUGAAAGCAGGACCUGUCUUGAAGAUGAUACAAAUGCUGUUUCUGCUGAGAACUUGGAUGAUAAGCAAGAACCCUGUCUGGAAGAAGGAGCAGUGAAGGGGGCAGAUCCUGAUGAAGUAUUUGAUUUUAAUGAAGCCAUUCCAGAAACCGAAAGACUGGAUUCCAAAGCACUGAAAACACGCGCUCAUUUCACUGUAAACAGCAAACGCCAGAAGCCGUCCAGAACGCGACCGCACGACAGUGUCAGCUCUACGGAUGGAGAAGACAGCAUUGAGAGAAAGCAUUUCAUUAUGUGGCCACCAGCAAACUGCUUUUCAUUUCACUUGAACCAAACAUUAAGUGAUGAGUUCAGCCCAAGCAGUGCAAGUUCAGCCGAGCUGAGUGGUCUUGUUGCAGACAUGAAGAAAGCAGAGCGCUCCCACUCUCUUGCCCUAUCAUCUGACGAGAGCCUGGAUAUGAUAGAUGAUGAGAUACUUGAUGAUGGCCAGUCCCCCAAACACAACCAUCUGCCAAGCUGCUUAUUUGUGCACUGGAACUCACAGCAAGUAAGCCAGUGGUUGAAGAGCCUGCACAUGGAACAGUAUGUCUCAGGAUUUGCUGCCCACAAUGUUAAUGGUGAACAGCUUCUCCAGAUGGACGGCUCAAAACUCAAGGCCCUAGGUGUGAAUUCUCAUGAUAAAGUCAUCAUUAAAAAGAAAAUCAAAGAGAUGAAGAUGGCAAUGGAGAAAUUUCAGAAAGCCCAAGAAAAAAUGCACAAGCGAAGGGAUCAGCUUCGAGAGAUGGAACAGCAACUGAGAAGAGAACAGCCUCCCGCUGGAGAACUAAGGGACAGUAUGGAAGGGUGACGGCUACAUUUUCUGAAUACGAGGCACAGACAACCCUAUGAGAGGCUGCAGGAGCUGAGUAUUGAGGAACUGCACUUGCUUCUUGUACAAAACUGGCAGGAAUUAAACAGGGAACUUUGAUAAAGUGAUAUCUGUUUUUUUUGCCAAAACAUUUAUUUUAUAUAAUAACCUUGCUAUAUCAUGUACAUAAGAUAUACCAGCAGGCUUAAUAAUCUCCUUGACUAAGGUUUGACCUGCCUGAGCACAUGAGAAAUGGACCCCAGCUUAGGAAAGUGCCCAUCCACCUUCUUAUUUGCCACUAUAGGCUGUAGUAGUAGGUCACUAAGCACUACCUACAUCUGUCUGUGAGCGUGGGCCCCUGAAAUCAGUGCAAAGGCCAGUCUGACAGUGCUGGCAAGCUAAAACAGCAAAUGAAUGCAAUGGAACUAAUUUGUUUCACACUUUUAAUAUUUUAUUUUCUACCGGCUCAAAUAUAUAUACUGGAAGCAAAUGAUUUCAUUCUUAAAAUGUCAGAAAUAUCUCAGGAUUGUCACAUUUCAGGUACCUGAUGUUGGUAAACAACUUCCAAGCCCUCUGUAUCAGUUUUUCCUUAUCUUAAAGCCUAAGAAGGGCUGCAGCUGGGGGGGGGUGGAAGAAGUUUGUUUAUACAGAAUACCACCAGGAUAUAGGUUUAUCUUCAAUAGAUAUAUGCACAUAUGAAUAUAUAUUUGCAUACCUGUUGUUUUUUAAAGACUACUGUGAAUUGGCAUGUUUGUAUUUGUUGCAGGUCAGGAAAACGAAACCCAAAAUUGUAGUGAUCAGUUGAAAGAAAUGUUACCUGUUAGCCUACAGAGGGAACUGUGUUGUAGGUAGGUAAAGAGUAUGGAAUGUCAGCUCUUUGGCACACUAGGAGUUGAUGGUAUGUGAGCGCCAGCAGAACAGUCAGUGCCAUUGUUUGUGGCACAAGGACUUACAGACUCAGCUGUACUUAGAGGCACAUUUAUCACAGGUUGAAUUUCGAAUUCACGUGAGUUUUAAAAACGCCCCUAAACUCCCAUAAAUUCGAAAAUCCACCAAUCAAAAUGUAUUAAAAAAAAAAAAAUCAAAUUUUUAAAACUCAGAUGAAUUAAAUCUACCCGAAGAAAAAUGCCAGGAAAGCUGCAAACAAAUCCAAAUUCAUCCCCGGACCUCUCCCAUUGACUCAAACUGCAAUUCUGCAGGUGGCAAAUUGUCAAAUUCGAAUUCUUAAAGGGUCAGAGUAUGAUAAAUCUCGAAAAUCGAAUUCAAAUUUUUUUUU